AUAAUUUAGAAGAGUUUAUUUCAACUAAGCUUGAAGUAUGUGAAAAUAAUGAAAAUAGAAUUGAAAUAAAUCUUUGUAUAAUUUUACAAAGUGAAAAAUUUAGUAAUAUGACAGUAGAUCAUAUUUUUCAAGAAAUCAUUAAUAUUAUUCAAAUUGCUAAUGGUUAUAAAUGGAAUUAUAUGCAUUAUUACAAUAAUGUUG